ACAUUUCAAAGGUCAAAAUUCAACAAGAAGAACACAUUCUUUCUGCUGGGUUGGGCAGUAAAUAUACAUAUGUUUUUGCCUCAUAGGGAGAAGUAGGCUACAUUGUGUCAGGUUCAAGAAGUGUUUCUGAGUGCGUAACAGUUGGCAAGAAGAGUAAUUUUACAGGGUUUUUUUUUUUUGGUUGCUGUUUUUUGUGCUGGGAUUACAAUGGCAGAAGCUAUGGUCGAAGAUCAGGAUCAAUACAGCUGCUCAAUAUGUCUAGAUCUGAUGAAGGAUCCAGUGACUAUUCCUUGUGGACACAGUUACUGUAUGGUCUGUAUUGGGAACUACUGGGACAGGGACGAGAUGAAAAGGAUAAACUGUCCUCAGUGCAGGCAGAACUUCGUUCCGAGGCCUGUUCUAAACAAGAACACAAUGCUGGCGGAAAUCAUGGAAAAUCUGAGAAACUCAAAAGCUGCUCCCCCUGCUCAAAAGACAGCUGAUCCUGAAGACAUUGACUGUGAUUUCUGUUCUGGAAACGGGGUCAAAGCUGUUAAAUCAUGUCUGGAGUGUCGAGCAUCCUACUGUGAGACACACCUCCAACCCCACUUUGACAUUCCUGCUCUUAAAAGACACAAGUUGGUGAGUGCCACUAACCUGCCGACAUGUCAGAAACAUGACAAACUGCUGGAGGUGUACUGUCGUACUGACCAGAAGUGCAUCUGCAUGAUGUGUUUAAUGGAUGACCAUAGAGGACAUGACACUGUUUCAUGUGCAACAGAACGGGAGGAAAAAGAGGUCAAAGUGAAGACCAUAAAAAAUAAAUUUGAGGAAAAAUGCAAAGAAAAAGAGAAAGAGCUUUGUGAGCUGCAAAAGGACAUUGAAAGUCAUGUAAGCUCUGCACAGCAAGCAGUCAAGGACACUAAAAAAGCCUUUAAGGAGUCCAUCUCUCUCAUUGAGAAAAAAUGCUCUGAGAUAAUCGAGGUGAUCAGAGCUCAGGAGAAAGAUGACCUGGACAGACUUGGAGAUGAUCGAGAACAGCUGGAGCUGGACAUCGCAAAGCUGAGGGCACAGGGAGAUGUACUUGACAAGUUUUUACAGAAAGGGGACGUUUACUUUCUUCAGAAUUGUGGCAAAAUGCCCAAUCCUUCUGAUGAUGAAGAUUGUUCCGCUCAGUCAAAAGACCUAAUCAAUUCAUUUAAGAAUGUGAGCAAAACAGUUUCUGAGUUUAAAGAUAAACUGGAGGUCUUCUGCAAACAGGAAGCAGAUGACAUUGUAAACACAGUCUCAGAUUUAGCAACAAAGACCAAUCUAGACCUGGAUCCCGAUUUCCUGUUUAAGAUUGGAGACAAAGUUUGUGUGAGGUCUUCUGUGAAAACACCAAAAUUUAACUGGGGUGCUCAUGUCACCCAUAAGAGCAUCGGUGUAGUCAAAGCUGUUCAUGGUGAUACACUGUUUGUCAACUUUCCUGAACAUAAAAACUGGAAGGGAGACAUCUCUGAGCUGGAGCUAGUAACCAAUUCCACUGAACAAGAAGCCUCAGCUCAGAACAAUAGCAUCAAGGUUGGAGAUCAAGUCCGGGUGAAGCCUUCUGUUGACACUCCAAAACACAAGUGGGGAGGAAUUACUCACCAGAGUGUGGGCACUGUUAAGACUAUUGAUGGUGAAGCCCUGACUGUAGACUUUCCGGAGUAUUCUGGCUGGCGUGGCAUAGUGCCCGAGAUGGAAGUGGUACCUGCUGAUGAUCAGGUCUCAGCUACAAACUGCAGUUUUAAUGUUGGGGACAAAGUCAGAGUAAAACUCACAAUUGUGACUCCAAAACACCAGUGGGGAGGCGUCACUCACAGGAGCACUGGUACAGUUACAGGUACUAAAGAUGAUCUUGUGACUGUGGACUUCCCCGAAUGUAAAGGCUGGAAAGGUCUCUUAUCAGAAAUGGAACUAAUAUCUAUCACAGACAGUAAAGCAUGCUUCAAGAUUGGAGAUCGGGUGAAAGUAAACGCCUCUGUUACUAAUCCGAAACGUGGAUGGGGAGGUGCCAGUCACAAGAGUGUCGGUGUGGUUGUAGCUGUUAAUGGGGAAAGUAUAACUGUCGAUUUUCCUGAGCAUAAAUCUUGGAACGGUACAGUUUCAGAAAUGGAGCUGGUUUCUGGUGCUAACUCAGAGCUCUGUAAGUUUAACUGUGGAGACCGAGUACGGGUAAAAUCCUCAGUAAAAACUCCAAAAUACAACUGGGGAUCCAUCAGUCAUAAGAGUGUGGGCACAGUCAAAGCUCUUAAACUGGUGGUGGACUUUCCCGAACAGUCUAACUGGUCUGGUGAUCCAAAAGAAAUGGAAGUGGCACCGUAGAAACUGAGGAAAGAGCUCCAGGAUCAAAUCUCAGGAAUUUAAUGUCAUAUUUAAAGUAAUCAGAGAUAAACUUACAUUACCUGUGUUUUCUACUGAUUCUGUGCAUUAGUUAUAAUAAGUGAAUGUUAUUAUUAAAGAAACCAGCAAGUCUUAGAAUUACACACAUUACCAUCUUUCUAUAUGUUAAAUUGAUUAAUGUUAAUCAAACACUAUGUUUUAUACCUUGCAACAUAAAAAUAUUAUGCAUGUCAUGUAAACAUUAGAAUUAAUUGUAUUUAAAAUAUUUAUCAAUGUGUUUGAAUUAGUUUGCAACAUCAGGAAAUUACAUAUUGGUUUGUUUUCUUUGCAAAGCACUGAUAACUGUCAAAACUGAAAUUUACUCAAAUAUCUCUUCUUUUACUUGUGGUAUGAAUGGAAAUAAAAACAAAUUCUUUCAUCAAACCAUUCUUUCUGUCACGGGGUUUUGAGUGAGAUAAAUAUGGGUUUAAUAGGAUCACAAACUAACAAUUAACCAAAGGGAGUCUCUAAUAGGAAAGCAACUUUAAACCUUAUAAGCUCUAAAUUUCUUUGAGUCCUGCUGGGUCUGGUGGACCUAUUUGCAUUUUGGGGCUUUUAAUUGAAAACAAAUCUUUUUUUUUUUUUUUGUUAAAAU